AAGGCACAAUAGUAACACUUCCUCAGCUGUUAGCGGUGUAGCACACACACAGUCACACACGCUACAUAUAUAUGAUUUGGCGCCAGCAGUCAUACAAGGACCUGUACGCGUCAGUACUCCCACACACACCAAACCGAUGCUAUUUGGGCGGGAUUUCGUCUACUCUUCUUCCUGAUUGGCUGGGAGUUGGUGGGUGGGAGACUGUGUCGACCACUGAUUGGUUGGACAUUGUGCCUGAACGCGGGAAUUACUUUGAAUCGCUCCGUACUGACUGAAUAACGUUGAACGAACCCGCAGCAGCAGCAUUAGCACCACCGUUCCGUGUUGAUUUCCCGCUUCUGCUGACAUGAACUGCCUGGAUGUAGCUGAUGUUCUGCCCGGCUCCCCAAGGAAGGUCCGCGGACAGAUCCAGGUGAUAUUUGGACCCAUGUUUUCAGGAAAAAGCACAGAAUUGAUGCGUAGAGUGCGACGUUUUCAAAUAGCCCAAUACAAGUGCAUGGUUAUAAAGUAUGCUAAAGACACUCGUUACAGCAAGGAGCAAUUGGCCACUCAUGACCGGCACACAAUGUCUGCAGUUUCUGCCUGCAAUCUGGCAGAUGUGUUUUCAGAGGCUCUCACUCACUGUGUGAUAGGAAUUGAUGAGGGGCAAUUUUUUCCAGAUGUGGUCGAGUUCUGUGAAGACAUGGCUAACAGAGGCAAAACGAUAAUUGUGGCUGCUCUGGAUGGCACAUUCCAAAGGAAGGCUUUUGGUGACAUCCUCAACUUGGUGCCAUUGGCAGAGAGUGUUGUAAAGCUGAACGCUGUGUGCAUGGAAUGCUAUCGAGAGGCCUCGUAUACAAAGCGAUUAGGGGCAGAAAAAGAGGUGGAAGUGAUUGGAGGGGCUGACAAGUACCAUUCUGUCUGCAGACCAUGCUACUUUAGGACACAGAUACCAGCAGAUGGAAAAGAGAACCUUGGUCACAGCCUUAAAGACAAAGCAUCUCUCUCACUUGGCACUAAACACCUACCAGCCAAGUCGCCGCGUAAACCUCUAUCACAGCUGCAAUGUUCUUAAUUCCAUGUUACCUAACCUUGUGCUUCAGGUGAAGUGGACAAUACAGGGCUGACAUUCUGGGCUGUAAGUGGUGAAAAAACUUGGCUUGAUUACAAUAUUCCUGACUUCCAAUGGGUUGUCAGAAGCAAGGAUGAAUGAUGUGGGUAUAAAUGUGCAUUUUAUAUAGGGUUCUAUGUUGGUCCAUUAAUCAAUCAUUUGCUUUUUAUUUUUGUUCUGCCUCUUUCACAAGAAAAUUUUCUGUAUGAUAUGUAAAGUGAGGAAAAAUAACUUGGUGGUCACAGUUAGUGGUUUAAUCAUGGUUGAUCUAGCACGAUCGAAGUCAUAGGUAGUUUAAGAGGUUGCCUGCAGUUACUUAAGCUAGGUACACACUACACCAUUCCGGAUCUUGGGUGACUGCAUGAUCGACAGAACUAUAUGUUGGUCGGCUGUACACACUGAGCGAUAUAGUGCCGGAUUGGAGGACAUAUCUCCUUGUGUGUACCCAGCUUUACAAAGCUGUAGUUGGAACUUGCAAGACAUAGCUUUGAAGUGAAACCAGCUGGCCACUCAUGUAAGUGGAUAGUGAUGGUGUUAAAUUAGCAUUAGUCUCUUACUGCGGUGGCUUUUUUUUUUUUUUUUUUUAAACAAUCGUCCACAGGACUUCAGAACAAGAAAGUACAGGUAAUGUGACCAUGGUGGCUUUACAGCAGAACUUAGUUUCCAAACCUCUGACUGGGGAUUUAGAAAUGUAUAUAAAAAGUAGCUGCCCAACCGUGUACAGAUAACUAUUAAAUAUAAUUUAUUUUACAAGUACAUCAUUUCCAGGUCACAGGUUUUCUGCCAGUGGAUGGUAAUUUAAUAACAUGCUAAUAUAAAAACAUUCAAUUAAUUUUUAUAGAACUUUUUUUUUUUUUUUUUUUAAAUUGCAGUGAGCUAUUUGCUGUUAAAAAAAUUGGCUGGACAUACAGAUGGAGCCACGCUAAUCAUGGCUCUGUCUGCGACUAGGUGCGCCCCGCCGGCACCGAAUGAGACGCACGUGCAUUGUAGACACGCACGCGCUCCAUUCACUUUGAAUGAGAGAGUCUGUGUACGCUCAGCGGCGUGCACAGACUUGCUGUUCUCCCCCCGCCUGUGAUGCAGCGCGUGGCUCCAUCUGUACUGGUUUCCAUUUGUUUGUUUUUUGUGAACUGUACAUUUCUACAUGCAUGCAGGUAUCAUAUUGCACUUUCUAUGGCGAUCAGUACCAAAUGAAAUGCUCCAGCGUGUAAGUCUAGUGGGGUCUCCUACAUUGCACCUUGGAUGGUAAAGAAUCUCCCAAACUUGCUGUGAUAGUGUGAGAUACUGUAAGUGAUUCACUGGUGCAAAGGAACCAAAAAGAAAAAAAUAACCCUUUAUGACCGCUUGUCAAUUGAAAUGUACAUUAUUAAAAAAAUGUGAUGUGAUUAUUAGGCCCUGGAUUUUUUGGAUCUAAAGAACUAAAAUAUAUAUAUUUUUUUUUGUUUGUUAUUUCAAUCCCUGUUUUAGGAAUGAAAAUAUAUAAAUUA